GCCACACUGACUGACUCUAGUCUGCAGCAUUACACCUGAGGGCACACCUGACCCGUUGUCUUUCAUGUCGGCAGCUCACAGCAGGACGGCGUUGCCCGGCGAGUCAAUAUGAAGACCAUGAGGGAGUAUGUGAGCUGGCUUUACUAUCAGUACCUGCUCAUCACUGGCAUCUACGUGCUGGAGCCGUGGGAGAAGUCCAUCUUCAACAUCGUCCUGUUUACCAUGGUGGCCAUGGUGGUUUACACUUCUUACGUGUUUGUGCCCAUUCACAUGCGCCUGGCGCUGGAGUUCUUCUUGGGUCUUGCGCGAGGCCAUCCGAGAGCACUGUGGCUCUCAUGAGCUGAGCGUGGAUACAGCUCCUUUAGUUUAACACUCACAAACCAGCCAGAUGACAAGAGACAUGGAAACACUUUUUGAGUUUUGGACGGGUUCCUUCCCCGGUGGGUGAUAUCAGCGGUCAUCAGUGCACUCCUCAACAUCUUGACCCUGAUAUUUGUCAGCGAUAUAAUUUGUUUUGACUAUUUGCCCCGAUGCAAAUGAAGAGGUGUUACAUUUUAUUUUUCAUUUUUUAUGACUGAUGCUGGUUUGUGUGUUUUAUCAUUUUUAUAAUCACCUAUACAGCAGACGUGUUUCUUUUGUUAAACUCCGUCACACCACAGGUUUUGAAAUGUUUGCCUGAUUUGAUGUGAUUGUUCUGUACCCAGGUGUGGUGUGGUCACACACAACACAAGAUUAAAGGCCACACAAUACAAUGGGCCUCAUUCAUGAAACAUUACGUACCUGUAAAAUAUCUUGUUGUUAAUUCUCUCAUUUGCUUACUCCAGCUUUAAUCCUCAUAGUAGCAUGGCCUAGUUAACUAACAGCACUGUUUAGCGUGUUGACAAAAUGUUUAUAUGCUCUCCUACUUGUAAGUCGCUUCGGAUAAAAGCGUCUGCCAAAUGAAUAAAUGUAAAUCUAGGAAUGCUGGUUCUUUGGUUUGGCAACAUUAUUUUGCAUAGAUGCAUACGAUACUAAUAGGCUAUAUGCCUUAGAAAAUAUUCAGUUAAUCUAUGUCCACAAAGGCCUUUUUAACCAGCUGAAAUAUUAAUGGUGUUCUUCUAAAAACGACCAGCUGGUGGCACUUGAGAACGCUUUGGAUGCACUGCGCAUCAUUACCGAGAUGCGUUGGUUGCUGUGAUUUGAAAUAUCAGCAACAGUUAGCCUACUUGUUAUUUGUCAUGAUCCUGCCUUUUAUAGUCAUAGUUUUCGAGUCUUGUGGCAGAAUCAUGACAGACCCACGUGUCUAGUGUGAGAAGGACAUGGCAUUGUUUGUAUGAGACAUGUCAUACCCUUUC